AUCCUCCGGGCCGCCCAGAGCCAGCGGCGUCCCCGCGCCCCUCGCGCCCGGCUCGGCCCGGCCAUGGCGUCGGCGGCGUCUCUGCCCCCGCCGCUGCUGCUGCUGCUGCUGCUGCUGCUCCGGGCUUCGCCCGCCGCCCCCGCGCCGCCCCUGCGCGACCCCUUCGCCCCGCAGCUCGGGGACACGCAGACCUGCCGCCAGCGCUGCCGCCACCGCUACCCCGGCCCGCAGGCCCCGCAGCUCGAGGACUCCACCGAGUCCCCGCAGAGGAAGCACGGCCGGGCUGCCUUGGUCAGCGCCUGCGAGCGUGGCUGCCGCCUCUUCUCCAUCUGCCGCUUCGUGGCUCGGAGCACCAGGCCCAACGCCACCCAGGCCGAGUGUGAAGCAGCCUGCGUGGAGGCCUAUGUGAAGAUCACAGAACAGCGUGCCUGCAGUGACGGCUGCUGGAACCCGGGCCCAGAGACACAGCCUGACCGCAAGAGGAAGGUCCCUGCAGCCCCCAGAGGGGCCAGCUCACUGCUAGAUCUGGUCUCCAACCUCUGCAACGACCUCGUCAGCUCGGCCCAAGGCUUGGUCUACUCCACCUGGACCUACUAUCUGCAGACCGACAGCGGGAAGGUGGUGGUAUUCCAGACCCAGCCCGUGGUGGAGACCCAGGACCAUGAAGGGGCCCAGAUGCAGCGAGUGGAAGUCACAUGGCGGGGCGGCCACUCUGAAGCCUUGGGGAUGCACGUGGACCCCGCAGGCUCUGAGGACAGAGCCAGGAAGGCCAAGAUCCGAGUGAGGACCAGCAACAAGCCGAAGGCAGAACCAGAGGCCACGCAGGACAACGACUUUCUCAGCUGCAUGUCGCGGCGCUCAGGUCUGCCGCGCUGGAUCCUGGCCUGCUGCCUCCUCCUGUCCGUGCUGGUCUUGCUGUGGCUCAGCUGCUCCACGCUGGUGACCACCCCCGGCCGACACCUCAAGCUCCAGCCCCUGACUCUGGAGCAGCACAAAGGCUUCCUGGUGGAGCCCGACUGGUCCCUGUACGCUCCGCCUUCACCCGCUUUUGAGGACAGCCCCCCGCCCUAUAAUCUGAAGCUGGACCUGACCAAGCUGUAGGUUACUGCCAUCCCCCAAACCCCAAAAAUCCUCGCUGUGCCCUGUGCCCCCCACCCCCAUCCUAGGGAGGGGUGCAUCCUGUCCCUCCCCCCCCCCCCCCCCCGGUUCCCACCAAGCGCUGCUUCUUCUCUCCCAAGUCUUAUUGUUGCCUGAGUAUUAGAAGCCCCAAAGUGUCCGGUUUCCAGCUGGCCCCAUGCUGGGGUUCCAGAGACGCCCCUUUAUCUCGAGUCUCCCCCACACCCCAUGACCCAAGGAAGAACACGCUGGGGGGCGGGUGGGGAAAAAUAAAGUCUACAAAGAUC